GAGGGCCCUAGAAGCGGACGAAUCGAAGGCACACGUGCAGGGAAACGACGACGCCCAUUUUCGAAAGGAGGAGAGAGGAGAGAGCAGAGAGAGCCCAGACUCUGUCGUUGGUGGUGGUGCUGUUGCCCAGAGCGGAAAUACGGGGAAGACGAGGAGCAGCGAGUAGCAGAGCGCAGGAGAGAGAGGAGACGACAAGCUCCACUGCCUGCCUGCCUGCAGGCAAACCAAGGGAUCGAGCGGGGGAGAGAGCGCCGAAGGAGGGAGGGAGGGAGGGAGCAAGCGAGCGUCCUGGAGGAGGAGGCGAAGAGAACAGGAGGAGGCGAAGCGGAGGACGAAGAGAGGAGGAGCAUCGGUCCCGCGCCGUGCAGACUACUGCUCUCUCUCGUUAGGGAAGCGAAGGGUGCUGGAACGGGCGCUGGGUGUCGAAUUGCAGACAGGGUAGGCUGUGGGCAGAGGAGGCGAGUCGGAGCGAGCAUAGUUUCCGAGCAGCGACGCGAACGAAUAGUAGGAGGAGGCGGAGGAGGAGGAGCUGUGGGUGCAAAGUGCACGGGAGUGAACAGGCGAUGCCUAGCGCAGCGGAGGAUAGCUUGGAUUGAGGAAAGGGGGGGAGGGUGGAGGGGCUGUUUAGAAACGACAUUGUCUGAAAUCAGACUACGGAGGGGGAGUAUUGAGGGGCCAUGGCGGCGCCCGAGAGUGAGGAAUUCAUUCUUGAAAAGCUGUAUGAGUACGGAGAGCGACUCAGCGAGUCUAAAGACAAGACUCAGAAUGAAAGUGACUACAUGGGCAUCAUCGCUGUAGCGAAGGGGAGCAGUAAAGCGAAGCAAUUGUCGGCGCAGCUGAUUCCACGUUAUUUCAAAUUCUUCCCCAAUUAUUCUUCUCAAGCGAUCAAUGCGCAACUCGAUCUCUGCGAAGAAGAUGAACUUGGGAUACGAGUGCAGGCAAUCAGGGGCCUCCCUCUUCUAUGCAAGGAUACCCCCGUACAUUUGCCUAAGAUCGCAGAUGUUCUGGGCCAACUUCUUCUUGCUGAGGAGGGGUUGGAACGAGAUGCCGUACAAAAGGCUUUGAUGUCUGUCUUGAGACAGGACACCAAAGCUUCUCUGACUGCUUUGUUCAAGCACAUCGAAAAUUCCGAUGAAAACAUACGGGAAAGGGUUCUCAUCUUUGUCAGAGAAAAGGUAUUUCCUUUGAAGAAUGAACUCCUGCACCCUCAAGAAGAAAUGGAAAGACACAUUACCGAUCUUAUAAAAAAGAGUCUGCAAGACGUUACCGGAGCAGAAUUCAAGAUGUUUAUGGACUUUCUCAAGAGUUUGAGCUUAUUUGGGGAUAAAGCCCCCCCUGAGCGUGUACAGGAACUUCUUGAGAUAGUAGAAGGUCAGGCGGACCUAGAUGCGCAGUUCACUAUAACCGACACGGAUCACAUCGACCGUCUAAUGUCUUGCUUAAACAUGGCUCUUCCUUUUUAUGCUCGCGGUGCAUCAAACAGCAAGUUUUUCAAUUAUAUCAACAAGCACUUACUCCCUGUCUUCGAUAAGCUUCCUGAAGAGCGGAAAGUGGAUCUGCUGAAAAAUUUAGCUGAAAGUUCUCCAUUUACUUCAGCCCAAGAUGCUCGCAGUCUUUUACCGUCCAUCGUUACUCUUAUCAAGAAGUACGUGCCAAGGAAGAAAACGUCGGAAGAGCUUAACUUCACCUAUGUGGAAUGCUUGUUGUACGUAUUUCAUCAACUUGCGCACAAGGCUCCCAAUAUGACGAACAGUCUGUGCGGAUAUAAAAUUGUUACCGGUCAGCCCUCAGAUCGGUUGGGCGAGGAUUUCACUGAGUUUUUUAAGGACUUCGUUGAGAGAUUGACCUUGGUCGAAGAGCAGGCAAAAGCUACGAACAAGAGACUGGCUCAAGGCAUGACGGAGCACCAUAAAGCCAUGGCUGCCGCCAAGGAUGACGCCGCAAAGGCAGAUGUUAAAGUAAAGAAGCAAACCACCAGCUCCGGUUUACAAACGUGCAACAAUAUUUUGACUCUUACCCAGCCUUUGCAUUCAAAAGCUCCAACGUUUUUCGGUGAGAAGAAGUCUUUUAGUCUAUCUUGGGCGAAGCCUGUGGCUACUCAACAACUAAACGCUACUGGCUCCAAGCGGACGGCUUCAGCUGCCAACGGAGCUGGCGCAGCCUCAGGAGGAGGAAAGAGGGCGAAAGGGGGUGACACCUCGUCUCAGAAUCAACUUGUAAAUAGGGCCCUGGCAAGCUUAUCUCGUGGUGGAAGGGCGACUCAAGUCAGGGGUGGUGGGAGGAGUGGAUGGCGUGGAGGUCGCAGUAGGGGACGACACUGGUAGUUCUUCAAUCAGGUAGUUUAGAAGGUGUAGUAGAAGAACCGAUCAUGGAUUGUGUACUCCAAGGACUGGGAUUGUAUCUUGCAGUCGACUGCUGUCUGGCCAAAACAAUUGAAGAGACGCAUCUUAUCAUACACGACAAUACAAUGUGACAAGCUUCUGAUGCUGCCCUACUUCUUAGUCAGUUAUAGUUUAUGGAGGCAAUUUUUUCAACAAGCUUCUGUAGCUUAUCUGCUGACAACAGUAGAAGACUCCUACCUGGGCUACAAAAAAAAUGAUCAUUGGUUUUCUUCUGUUGGGGACAUAGUGGGUUACCUCCACUGCUUAGCCUUCUGGUAGCAGACCCAGACGGCGAGUAUCUCUUGUGUAAUCAUAGUCGUGAUGGAGCUGAAUUUAACGGGACAUGCACAUGUGAGAGUACAUCUUGUGCCGAGGCUACCUGUUCUCUGCAAUGACCACUGGCAAGAACACUGCGGGUUGUACCUCAUUAUUCAAGAGUCAGUCACAUUUGUUUUUGGGAUACCGUGGUGUGUAACCUACAACUGAUAGUCCAAGAGUAAGGCAGUCAUUGACCAUCAUUGGCUGGAGGAGGCUCUGUGAGUUCCUGUGAACCUUAUGCAAUUUUGUUGUAGUUUUCGUCUGUCUAUUUGUUGAGCAAUCGAUGUAUUGUUUCCUCUCACCACCACCGGGAGGGGCUAGAGAAACUGAUGGAUAUCACAAACGGUGACCGGUGUGCUUAUUGCUCAGCCAUAAGCACUUUGUAAAGUUGGAGUACAACUUUGUUUUUCCCUAUCAGUCUGCUGUAUCUUUUCUGGUGGAGGACAUCCUGGCAGAACGUCAUCAAACAUGUACUUCCUGACUGCGACCUGAUGCGAAGUAAAUAAGGCGACUUCCAUCUGUGGAGGAUCCAUAGCAUCCUCGGUAAGAUCGGCCAGCAAACAAAAGUCUCCAACUUCCAGUGGUUCAGCCAUGACUAUUUCGAGGAACUGCUUGUUUUUGACCUGUGUGAAAGAGAAGGUGCUAGGAUUCAACUUCGAGACGGUAAAUGAUCGGAGGAUCUACGUCUUACUUCCCCUGUAUCUUGAACAAGCACAGCCGCCCUUGUAAGAUGGAGAUGUCAGUGGAAGUUUUUACCCUUUCCCCUGUCGAAGGGCGAAGUGGAAUGAUGAAGAAUUACUGUGCGGGAGGGUCACUGUUAUGGCAGCAACAGUCUUAUGAACCGUCGGGGUCUUGGAACUUAGACAAGAGGAGGUUGUAAUUUACCCUGGCUGGGAUGGCGGAUAAGGAGAUAGAAAUUUUGCAGUUUUGACCCAUUUUUUCGGGAGUUAUCAGCUGUACCAUGUGAAGUAUUAAGCAAAGCAUGUGGUGUCAUGACGAGAGAGGGAGAACGAUGAGAGUUUCUUUUGAGUUUAUGUUUUGCGUGGACUUACUUCUGAAUCACUACUGAGUAUAUUCAGAUUUC